ACUAUUUUACACAUUUACUACUCAUUUUACUGUAUCAGGUCAAACAUUGAAUAAAAGUAAAUUAGAUAAGACAUUGGAAUAAGAAAAAAAAGAAAGAGAAAUAAUAGUAAUAGUAAUACUUGAUUAAUGAAAGAACCGAAGAAGUCAUUUAUAUGUCGAUAUAUAUAUGUGUAUAUACAUAAAUAUACACGCACACACACGCACACUUUUGUUGCCUCUCGAAUUGAUUUUCUCUUCUGGUCUUUCCAUUUCGAGUUUUUGUUGUUUGUUUUACUAUUAAAAUAAAUUAAUUAUGAUAUCACAGUUACAACAGCAAUUACAACAUCAACAUAGACAUCAUACAUUUAAUACAACAGAGAAUAAUACUAAUCUAUCACAAUUUUGUUUAAAUUUACCUGAAUUCAAUUCUAUACAUACUAUAUCUGAAUAUGAUGAAAAUAAUCAACGGCCAAUUGAUCAGGGAAAAUUGAAUCGUAGUCAUAAUGAUCAUGUUCAUACUAUCGAUAAUGGAGAUAUUAAACCUAAAAUUGACACUACAAUUAUAUCGACUAAUGAUGAAAUUAUUAAUUCUGUUGAAAGCAAUAAAGAAGGUUCUAGUAUCACCAAUCAUUGUUUAUCCAGAAAGAAUAAACUGGAUAAUCAAUUUAAUGAUUAUCAUAAAUCAAUAUCCCUUGAUUCAAGUCUUUCGCAUAGACUUUGUUAUUCACCAAAUACUACUACUAUUAUAUGUGGUAAAAAUAAUAUCGAAUACAAUACAGAAAUAUGUUAUGCCUCAAAAUAUCCUCGACUUCAUAAUUCGUUACCAGAGUCUAACAAGCAUAGCAACAGUGAUGUAACUGACAAGAACAAUAAUAAUAAUAAUAAUGACCGGAAUAUUGCAGAACAAAAAGGUAAUCGUAAAGAAUUUUAUGAUUUUGAAAGAAAUGUUAAACAACUUAUUGAUUAUGAAUUAAAUCAUCAUUUAAAGAAUGAAUAUAUUUCAAUGGAUCAUUCAAAACAGAAACAACAGCCUACAUCAUCAUUAUCAUCAUCAUGUACAACAUCUUUGAAUGAUACUUUCAACAAAGAGCAGAUUCUUUCAUCUUUGAAAAACAAUGAAAUGAUACAUCAAACUAAUGAUAAUGAUAAUAUAAAUGAAGAAAAAUCAAAUGAACAACAUAGUAAUGAAUUAUAUCAUAGAAGAAAUAAUAAAAUUAAUAAUUCUAUAUUGGAUUCAUUAAAUUUUAGUUUAGAUAAAAUAGAUAUUUUAAAUCAUUUACAACUAUCUAGUUAUACUGCCGAAAUGAAACCACAUCAUAUUACAAGUCCUAUGAGACCGAACUCAGCGUACCCUUUUAAUAAUUUGCCUCAUUCGGAUUGUCCACCAUCCUCUUCCUCUUCCUCUGUCUCAUCAGUAUCAUCGACAGUAACAACAGCUAAUAAUAUGAGAGAUUUCAGUUCCGAUCAAUCACCUCCAUCCAAUAAAGAAAUGAAAUCGAAUCAACAUGGCCACUUUCAUCAAACACAUCAUCACCAUCAUCAAACACUUACAAUGGAUUCAGCAGAUACUGGACUUCCAUUUGAUCCAAUUACUCAACAAAGUCUUUCUGCUGCUGCAUCUUCGUUUGUGAAAUCACUGACCGGUUUCAAUUUUAAUAGUUCAACAGCAGGUCUUCUGUUUCCAAAUCCUCCACUCUCAUCGAAUUUGACAACAUCUGGGUUGAAUCAAAAUGGCCCGCCAUUACCACAUCCAUACGCUUCGCAGCCACCAUUACUACUUAAUGGUGUAAGCUGUUUAUCAAAUACAAUGCAUCAUUUACGAUCUAGUUCAUUAAAUCGUACUGGUACUAAUAUUAAUCCAUAUACAAUUAGUCAUGAUAUUUCAUUGAGUAAUAUACAAUCACCUUGUAGUCCGGAAUCAUUACAUUCUUUGUCUACAGAUGAAAGUCCAUCAUCUGGUGGAAUAAAGCAUGCUUCACUGUCUGGAACAACUGGUCAUUACUCAGCCAUGACAACAGCAAUAACAACGACAACUACAGCCAGCUCAUGUCCAACACCAGCUAGAAGACGUCAUCGUACAACAUUUACACAAGAUCAACUACAAGAGUUGGAAUCAGCUUUUCAAAAAUCUCACUAUCCAGAUAUUUAUUGUCGUGAAGAAUUGGCAAGAAUGACAAAGUUAAAUGAAGCACGAAUACAAGUAUGGUUCCAAAAUAGGCGAGCUAAAUAUCGUAAACAAGAAAAGCAAUUAGUAAAACAACAACAGCAACAACACCAACAACAUGAACAUAGACAUAUUCAACAUUUACAAUAUAAUCAACCAUUUCAUAGUUUGCGUAAUACAUAUCAGUCAUCUGGUCAAGGAUCUCAUCUUCAUUCUUAUACACAUUCAAGUAUUUAUAAUGGAAAUUCUAUGACUAUGGCACCAAAUGGAGUUGUUAACAGUCAUUCGUUGUUUGACAGUAAUAGUGGUAAUAAUAAUAAUGACAUUAAUAAUGUCAAUAAUGGUAGCACUAGUAUUGGCGUUGACAGUGGUUUUCCAUAUUCUUCUUGUAUGUCACUGCCAACUAACUUAAUCGGUACAUCUGCAUUAGGUAUUCAACCAGGUCUAACUAACACCAAUGCUUUAAUGAGCUAUUAUGGAUCUAAUUUUCCUUAUAUGCCUAAAAAAGUGUUUUCACCCACAUUUAACUCGGGAUAUCCGUCAUAUACUUCAUUCUCACCUCAUACUAAUAGUGUUAAUAAUAAUAAUCCUGGAGCGAGAAGGGGAAAUAUUUUUCCUUUAGCUACUUCUCCGAUUUCAAACAGUUUAGAGUUAACGUCAACAUCACUUUCCAUAAAUAAUGAAUUAUCCAGCCAGAAUGAUUCACAUUCUACUCAACUUCCCCAAUCACAACAGCAACCAUCAAUGCAGCAACCUAUUAUAACAACACCUCACUUUUCUAAUAACCCUGUAUCCUUUUUACCAGAUCUAUCUUCUGGACCACUGAUGCAACGAGCAGCUGCUGCGGCUGCCGCAGUUGCUGUUGCAGGAAUCUGUCAAGCACAUACAACAAUUUCUUUGUCAAAUACUUCACAACACUUACCACAACGAGCAGAAAAUGUAUCUGAUGAACAAAGUAACUACUCAACACAACAAUCUAAUAAUUAUCGAGGUAAUUUUUCACCCACACCUUCUUAUCGACAUUUCAAAAGUCAAAGUAUUUGUGAGCAAUUAAAACAAACAAUUAGUUCACUUGAACCAAAUAUAAAUAUUUCUUCGAAUGAUUUAUUUAUCAAUGAAAUAGGAAAUCAAAAAUCAUUACAAUUGUCACAUGGUCAUCAACAUAAUCACCAAUUAAAUCAAAAUGUAACGGCUGAUGAAGCUUGUGAGUUUCCGAAACAAAAAAAUCCAGAUCAAGCGCAACUGAACACAUUAUUCCCAUACAGUAAAAACAAUUUUAAUAAUAGUAACGCGCAAUUUUUUAUUCCAUCAUUUUCUUCAGAAUAUACAAGUUCACUGAAUUCCAGUUUGAUUACUUCAACGAGCACUGUAGCUUCGAAUACAGAUACAAAUGUACAUGCCACAUUAUCAUCAAUAAGUGCUUCAGUAGAAGAUAUUAUCCCAGAAGAAUCUACAACGAAUAUAAUUUCAUUAAGCAAAAUCGCGAAAUUACGAAAUUUAAGUAAAAUAAAUAAUAUUUAUCAUAGUCAUUAUCUAGAAAAUACGGAUACUUCUGCAAAUAAUUCUACAUUAACAAUUCCUAGUCAAGAAGGUUCGUCGACCUCAACAGCAUUACCAUCAUCUUCAUUAUCAAUGUCUUCAUCAUCACCAUCAUCUAACCGACUACCGGGACGGAAUUUUCCACAAUCCCAUUUCAUGAGAAACCGCAGUCAUAUUGCUGAUAACAGUAAUGUAAGUAAUAUGUAUGUCAGUAGCGUAGACUCUUCAUAUAUUAAUACGACAAAUGAUACGAGUUUAUCUACUGAGCAACUAGAAUACGAGGCAGUAAAUACAAACGGAAAUGCUAAUGAGAGUAACAAUGCACCAUUAGACAGUGAACAUAACAAUUCCAGGGUCUAUCACGAUCAAAUAUCCGGCUUUAUACAAUUGAAUGAAACCGAUUCAUCAUCCAAUAUCCCCAGGUUUCUACCGAACAUGGAAACUGAAGAUUCAUCUGUAGCCGAUGAAACACAGUCUAGUCUAACAAGUGUUCCAAUAAGUACCAUAAAUACUGCAUUCACAAAUAUUUAUUCACACUUAGAAAAUUCAGGAGGUUCAACAUCUUCAGAAUGGUGUAGAACAACAAGAGAUGGAUUUCAAAAUCUACACUCAAAUCAACAUUCUAAUGGUAGUACCAUUAAUUCAGCACUUCGAUAUCGAAUGUAAUAUUUCAAUGGAUUUAUUAAAUAUUUAAAAAGAAUUGCACCAUUGAAGAAAUCAUCUAUCAAAACAUGAAGAUCAUUCCAUUGGCAAAAUAAACACAAUAUAAACAAACAUGAUUACUAUUCAGAUAUGAAAUUUAGAUGAAAGCAAACCAAUGACAACAGUAAAAUCAUAACUAUCAACAGUCUUGUCUCUUUUAGAGGGAGGAAAACAAACAAAUGUAUGCAUACUAUAUGUUUAAUGUAUACAUAUAUACUUAAAUCCACUAUAGUAAUC